CCUCGCUCCGCAAAAGCGCUCCUCGUGCUCACGGGCGAUUCUCGUGCGCGCCGGGCAGGUUUGGAAGAAUCGCGACGAGUUCCUGUUCUUCGAGGAUCUUUAGCUCGAAAUCUUGCAUCGCUCACAGAUUUGUGGGGAUAGUCUGCGCGAGAUUCUUGCCCCGGCUUCUCUUUGGACGAUUCUUGGGGGAGUAUGUCGCUGGUGUGCUUUCCAUUCAAGGAGGAGGACGUUGCCGUGGUCGUCCGCAACGUAGAGUGCGCCGCUGUUCACCCGCGAGUCUCCACCGUGCUGUGCGUCGGCUACAGCAAAGGCGAGACGUGGUGCGCCAUCGAGGCCAAGAGACCGUCCAUCGAGAGCUCCACCGGCAAGCGCAUCAUCCUCCUCCAACAGAAGCGCAUCGGGGUGUCGCUGCGAUCCGGCAAAGGCGAUGGAAUGAACACGGCGAUGGCCUACUUUCUCGACCACACCGAGCUCCAGCGCAUCCAUUUCUACGACUCCGACAUCGUCUCCUUCUCCGCGGACUGGAUCACCAAGGCCGAGCGGCAGGCGGAUCUAGACUUCGACGUGGUCCGGCACUACUUCCCCAGAUCCAGCACCGACGCUAUGAUCACUUGGUUUGUCACGAAGAUCGGCUUUUGCCUCCUCUGGCCCAAGACGGUGCUGCCAUUCAUCGAGCAGCCACUGGGCGGAGAGCUCCUACUCACGAGAAAGGCCGCCGAGGCGCUCUACACCGAUCACCGAGUUCGCGGCCAGAGUGACUGGGGCAUCGACACUCUCUACACUUUCGUCAUGGUCCAGAAGGGUCUCCACUUGGCCGAGGUCUACAUCCCGGAGGGCAAGGUCCACGCCCUCUACUCGGGCCUUCGGGAUCUAAGGACCAUGCUGGUGGAGUGCUUCUCGGCAAUGCAGUCGCUCAAGGACGAGGCGGUGCCGCUCAACGAGGGGACUCACAGGAUGGAGUACUCCCGGCCGGUGCCCGAGCUUGUGAAGCAAAAGGUUGGCUACGACGUGGAGAAGACGCUCAAGCUCUUGCGGAGCAAGUGGACGCAGGGGCAGCGGGAUCUCCUCCAGAAGCACUUCGAUCCGGCGCUCGCCAAGGGGCUCCUGAAUGCCAGCGAGUGGCCGGCGUGGGGCUUUGCCGACGAGGAGGCGUGGGUGGCGGCGUACCGGACGCUCUUGGUUCAUUUCGAGAAAGGUGACGAGGACUGGGAGGAGCUGCUGUUUAAGAUCUGGGUGAGCAGGGUACUCAACCACACCAUGAGGCACUCGCUCCGGGGAUACGAUGCUGCUCUGGAUGCUCUGAGGAGCUUGAUCUGGGAGACGCAGCACCAGUCUGCGAUGCUGUCCAAGAGCGCUGCUGCGAAUCAUCACAUCGUCUCGGGGCAUUCAGCGUCGGAGGCUCUGCCGAGAACCGCUGAGAAACGCAUGGACGCUGCCUGUGCUGUUUGACAGUGAAAAGAAAGGAAGGUUUCAGGUGCAACACUAGAGGAGAGGAAUUCUUUACGGAUACUACUAAUGGUCUGAGAAUUGUUUUUUGUUAACUGCA